GACUAUGAAGAUUCUUAUCGCAGAGGCGAAGACUAUUAUGGUCGAAGUCACCAAUCAUCUCGUAGCUCAAGACGAUUGAGCUCAGGAAGUUACAGCUCAUCCACAUCAAACUCUCUGGGAGACAGCAUCAAGUGGGAUGACCAAAACAAGCAACAACAGAGUAGUGCAAUCACCGCUGAAGAUACGGUUGAACGGGUAAUUACUCCUGAACGACUAACCCCGAAGCAGCAUACGAAACCUCAUAUUGUUGGAGCGUUUUCAACCGCCUCUCGAUUGAGUGUGGUGGCUCCAGCCAGACAAGUCCUUGAUGGUGAGACUGCUGAAGUGCACUUGACUGAUGUCAAGAGCGAAGGUAAAUUCAAUGAGGCGAUGCGCAAUUUCCCUGGACCACUUUGCAGGGGCAAAACCCAUAAACGGGAUGUUGUAAAAUAUGCCAAAGAGAUGGCCAUGAUGGCUUUCAACAACCAAAGCGAUUCUUUUGAAAAACGCGAGGCUGGCUACAUUCUUUGGCAAGUGUUGGCUGUUAUGGUCCAACAAAAUGGGGUGUACCUCAACACCGAUAUUGCGGAGGUGCUAACCUCGGACCUACCCGAGGAUUCUUAUACAAGACGGGAACGUAGUUCUUCCACCUCUCAAAGGGUAUCCUUUGCAGCUGAUGGGCAAGAUCAUUCCAAACAUGAUCAAGUCGCGACAUAUCGAGAGCUUCUUUUGGCUGGCAAAACACAGGAAGCUCUGGAACACGCAGUAAACUCCAAGAUCUGGGGCCACGCCUUGAUGUUAGCAUACCACACUGACCAGAAUGUAUUUUCGAAUAUCAUGGAAAGAUUCAACAGUCAACUCGAUGAGGACGAUUCCUUGUUGUGUUUGUAUCAGCAUCUCGGGUCUAAGCGACCUUCAGUUUUAGAUAAAAAGACAAGGCGAUGGAGAAAACAUUUGGCAAUCAUGAUUUCAAAUCCAUCCAAGUCAACCGCUAAAGAUAGCGAAAAUAUUCAUGCGCUUGGCGCGAGCUUAGAGUCUCGUGGCCUGAUUGAAGCAGCUCAUCUUUGCUACAUAUUAGCAGGGGAAGAAAUUAGUAAACAGAGUGGCACACUGUUACUAGGUUAUUCUUCGAAUGAAAUCCGACCAGAAUUCGUGGAUUUCCUGGCUCUUCAACGCACAGAGAUAUAUGAAUACGCUAUGAGCCUCAAAGAUGAAAAUUUUAUAAUAAAAGAUUUCCAGCCAUGGAAAGAAUUGUACGUCCAUUCAUUGGCAGAUGCCGGAUUCCAUAAUAAAGCAUUUCGUUAUUGCGAGAAAUUGGUAGAUGAUGUCUUGAAGCAUUCAACAUCCUUUACUAAAGAUAUGAUAACGCGACUUCAUGCGUUAUCCAUGAGACUUUACAGACGAGAAUUUAUUGCGCCGUUAUUAGAUAUGAACGGACGCCUGCAACAAUUGUUAGAUCUACUCAAGGUAAACAACGAAACCUUAGGGCGCUCGUUCCUGUCUACCAGCAGCUGGCAAACAUUGGCGCAGCAACUACCUGAGCAAUCGCAACUUCCACAGGAAAUGCCGUAUGAGCACACGCAAAACAUUGAUAAUAAAGAAGUUCAGAAUUCCACUACAAUGGUACCUACAAUGUUUGUUCCUCAAACAAAUAGUGACAUAGUCCAGGAACAAGUUUUAUAUCGCGAGGACAACAAAGCUUCUCAGAGUUUCGCUCAAUUCGAGCCCACCGCUGCACCAAGUGGCAACAUGUCCUACACCGGGGAAUUUCAAGCUCAAGAGCCAGUACCAUCGCAAGGGAAUUACACCUACGGGGUUGCUCCCACCGACCAAACUUUUCCACCGGAGAAUUACCCCUAUGAAAAUGUUGCACAAGCAGUUCCGAGCAGCAUAGAGCACGAUAAAACAGGAUUACCAAGUUCUGGCACAAACUUCUACGAAGGGGACUCUUUUGAGCAUUUGCUACGGAAGCAGCCGAGUAAUGCUAGUUUUAACGCAGUCGAAACAAGUGGAAUUUCAGCGCCUGCGACUUCAGAUAAUGGUUUUGAUUACUACGCUCAAUCUAACUUCAGGGAAUCAAAUAUUGCAAAUGGCGCAAAAAAGGAAGAAACUCAGGCCCAGACCAAGGAAGAGAAAAACACUAAGAAAGACGAUAGCAAGAAGUCGGAGAAACAGAGUGGCGGAUUAUUUACGUCAUUCGGCGGUUUCUUCAAAUCUUUCAUUCCCAAAGGCAAGAACGAGAUUAUCUUACCUGACGAUAAGAAGAAAACUAUCUAUUGGGACGAAAAAGAAGGAAAGUGGGUGAACACGGAAGAAGGUGAAGAGGAGAAAGCUGACUUGCCUCCACCACCAAUUGAUCCAUCUUUGAUUGGCGGUGCCCAACCUGUCAUGCCUACAAUCCCAUCAGGAACUGUUGGACAACCUACACCAACAUCUGGCACAUCGAGUGCAGCUACCGGUUUCUCAAACACACCGCAACUUCCAGCAUCCCAGGCUUCAUCAGCGUCGCAAACUCCUCCAGCGGCAAAAGCUCCACCAAUCAUUCCUGGCGGUGUCACUCCAGAUCAACCAGAAAUAUCGUUGAUUAAUUCACCAUUAUCGACACCCAGCCGAUUUUCGCGUAGAGCUCUCAGUUCGAAAGGACGUAGAUCGAACUAUGUUGAUGUCUUGAGUGCCUCAGGGGCAACGACGAAACCUAACGAAACCGCGUCACCGCUCCUUUCCCAACCGUUUCCAGCACCACCAGGGAAUCAGGCACCAAUAGCAAGCAACAUUCUGUCGAAUACUGAAGGAUCAGCGAUGCCGCCAGCUAGUCAGAGCAACGGCGUUGACCAGAGCAGAGUAGCCAGUAAAACUGUGGAGGAACAGUCGACUAACUCGCAGGAUUCCCAAUCGUCUCCCGCCGUACCGUUUUUCAAUCCAGCUGAUUACGUCUCAACACCUUCGCCAGCGUCCAGAUUAUACCCAAGAGCAAAAUAAAAAAGCAAAAAAAAAAGAAAACGCAGUAAAAUGAAAAACAGUAUAAAUACAGUAUUAAAUUUAUGUAAAUUUAUGAGAAAUUGAUGAGCAAUGAGUGAUUGUUCAUUUGAAUGA